AAUCCUUCUUGUUAUUAUUAUUUUUAUCAAUCACAAAUUCUAACGGUCCUGCGGCGCCACGCAGGCAUGCAGGGGCGGUAAUGAUGCAUGUGCUCGCGUGGACGGUGGACCGACCGGCAUGCCGGCCGCAUUAAAGUUCACUGAUCAAACGUUGCUGACAGUGUUGGCAGGGUUUCUAGGACAAGGUUUUUGGAGACGAGAGAACUGACUCGUUGUGCGGCUGAUGAGCACAUGCAAUGCAUGCACGGGAGGAGGUCCGCUGUCAGACUGCAAGAACAACAGCAAGACAAGGGCUGUUUCUGGUCGCGGAUGGAGGCAUCGGCGUCGGCCAUGUUCGAGAAGGAUUAUGGUCGAUGAAACGUGGAAGCCUGCCGCCCUCGGUUCCUCUCCCGCUUCGGUGUGUCGCGCCUCUGACCCUGACCGCCUCUCUUCCCAAUAAUGACAACGACCACUCUCCUCAGCCUCCCUUGGGAAAUCCGCCAUCAAAUCCUCCGUGACGCUGUAUCUCUUGAACGCCAUCCCCCUUCUCCCUGCUCAAUCGGCUCUGGGAGGGUAUGCCUUCGCAACCAUGUCGACCCAUACUGGACUCCCAUAACGAAUAUCUACGUUGAGACGGAGCCGGUAAGCAGCGCUCAAAACGCACUGCUUCAAACCAGUCGCCAGCUGCGUACAGAAACACAAGAUGUCCUAAAGGCCACGGAUGCGAGGCGCUAUCGCCUAGACGUCCUUUUCGUGAAGGAAUGCGGCCUGGUCCCAACAUGGCUCUCUUUCCCGCGUCAUCAGAAACACAUUGACGAAGUCUACGUCCAAAUGCGCAUCUCGGACCCUCCCGACAAGCCUGACGAAUGGCUGGAAGCGGCACGGUACGCCGACGACUUCGACGGCAGCGACCGAACAAGCUGGAACAUCAUGUUCCUCCUUACCGUGUACCUGCUGGGUGGUCUUCACCCUACUACGGCUGCUCUCUCUGAUGGAGGAACCACCCCCGACUAUGAGGACGACGACCCCUUCCACAGUCUACCCCGCAACAUCGCCAAGUACACCAUCAAAACCCUCAUCAUUGACGUCCUGGGACAGCCUGCAGAUGACGCCGACGCCGAUGCUGACGCCGGGGAGGCCCAAGACCGGGCCCGCAAUGUCUUCGGCCACUGCAUCUUCAGGGCCAAGGCUGCUGGAGUCGACCCGGCCCAUAAGCUCGCCCGCGAGCUAUGGAGUUCGCUUGACCUGGCGCUAUCCGUAAACCAUCCGCAUCUGCUGUAUGGCCGGUUGCUGCACGAGAACAUUGGCGCCAUCGAGAUACGCGUCAAUGGCGUGCAGUGGACCAGGGACGAUCUGACGCGCAGCCUGUGCAACAACUUUGGCACGGUUUUGCCGUCGGAUCUCGAGUGGGUGGGAGAGCGGACGGCCUGGACGGCGUGGUUUGAGGAGGUGGUGGGGAAGAGGAGGAGGGAUGGGUUGUGGGAUGAGGAGGUGGUUGAGGAGUUGAAGAGGGCGUGGGGGUGAUGGGGAACGACCAAUUCUUUAUCAUGAAAGGCUGGUUAUGCAGUAUGUAGCCGCAUAUUCAACUACUGUCUUAUGGUUCUGGGGCCUUAUUGUUCUCA